GUCCUUCUGAUUUAUCCGCGUGCAGCAGCAGCAUCCUCCUCCUCCUCCUCCUCAUCAUCAUCAUCAGCAGCAGCAGCAUACUAUUACUGAGAGGCAGUUUGCAUACGGAUUAGUCUGUGCGGGUUUGUAGCGGGAGGUGAGGCGGAUUUCAGCACCGGAGCUGACUGAUGCUGGCGCCGCGUGCUCAGGUGAUGCUGCGCUCGAGCUGCUGACAUUCUCCCUCCCCCACCCCUUCCACCUCUACCUCUCUCUCUUUCUGUCUCUCUCUCUCUCUCUUUCUCUCCUCCCUCUGUGUGCAUCCAUCCCCUCCGUCCCUCCUCGCUCCACUCCUCUCCUCCACACGCACAAAACGCUCUGUCAUGGCGUCUUCCAACCAUGUUACCCCCACCAACUGUAGCUGGUGGCCCAUCUCAGCCAUGGAUGAGGACGGCAAAGUGGCGGACGGAGAGGAGUGCGAGGAGCCCACGGCGGAGUCCAAACCCUUCAACAAAGACAGGCUGGUUUUGUACCACUGGACGCAGUCUUUCGCCUCACAGAAGGUACGUCUAGUGAUCCAUGAGAAGGGUCUGGUGUGUGAUGAGAGGGAUGUGAGUUUGCCGCUGCAGGAGCACAAAGAGCCCUGGUUCAUGAGACUGAACCUGGGGGAGGAGGUUCCUGUAUUCCUCCACGGAGACACCAUCAUCAGCGACUACAACCAGAUUAUAGACUACAUGGAGAAAAACUUUGUGGGAGAGACGGUGGCUCAGCUGAUUCCUGACCCGGACUCGCCUCUCUACGACCGCGUGCAGCAGUACCGCCACCUGCUGGACGGCCUGCCCAUGGACGCUUACACGCACGGCUGCAUCCUCCAUCCAGAGCUCACCACCGACUCUAUGAUCCCAAAGUAUGCCACCGCAGAAAUACGUAGACACUUGGCUAAUGCUGCGACUGAGCUGAUGAAACUGGACCAUGAAGAACCUCAGCUGACAGAACCUCAUUUGUCUAAGCAGAAAAAGCUAAUGGCAAAAAUCUUGGACCAUGACAAUGUGAACUACUUGAAGAAAAUCCUGGGGGAGUUAGCCAUGGUUCUGGACCAAGUGGAGGCUGAACUUGAGAAAAGAAAACUAGAGUAUCAAGGUCAAAAGUGUGAGUUGUGGCUUUGUGGACCUGAAUUUACGCUAGCGGAUAUCUGCCUUGGAGCCUUGUUGCACAGGCUCAAGUUCUUGGGACUUUCUAGGAAAUACUGGGAGGACGGCAGCCGGCCAAACCUGCAGUCCUUUUUUGUGCGUGUCCAAAAACGCUACGCUUUUCGAAAGGUGUUGGGCGACAUCCACACGACUCUCCUGUCAGCAGUCCUACCCAACGCCUUCCGAAUGGUAAAAAAGAAGCCGCCAUCUUUCUUCGGGGCCUCGUUUCUCAUGGGCUCUCUGGGUGGGAUGGGCUACUUUGCCUACUGGUAUUUAAAAAAGAAAUACAUGUAGUGAAUGCCCUCUUGUUGUGUUAAAUGUCUGUGUAUUUGUGUGAUGCUUCAACUUUUCUGUAAUGUUUUAUGACUGCAGGAAAAUAUAAUGAAUCUAUGUAGAGAACACUAUUACUUACCUGGGUACACAAAGAAAUAUGAAAACAUUCCAUAGUAUGAAUUUAAUGACAGCACAUUUUAAAGGCCUUUGUUAACUGUUCAUUUCUGAAACUUGCAGCUUUUGUGCAUGCAAGAUCUCAUUUAUUUAUUUAUGAUUUAUUUUAGUUUUAGUUUUUUGGAGGCAUGCAUCAUUUCCACAUUAAAACAGAGACCUGGUUAAAACGGUGAGCAUAACCAACUCUUCCAUUUCCUUGAGUUUCCAGCUGAUAAAAUCACUGCAUAUAAAUAAAUAUGUUCUGAAAAGUGCUGCUCUGCUGGAAACUGCCAGACAAAAUGCUGCAGAAGGAUUUUUUUAUUACAGGUUUUGUUGGAGUAUGAUUUUUAAAUAGGAGGAAAUUGUUUUCACUAGUUAGCGUUAAGACUGGUAAAAGUUUUGAUCUUUCUGAAAUAUAUAAGAUUUAUUAUACAAAUAUCACCGAUACCCCUUCAAAAAUAUUUCAAAUUACCACAGUUGUGCGUUGUUAAUGACGAUGCAUCCCAUAGGUAUUUUUAUCCUUGGACAGAGUAAAGUUAGCCGUUUUCGUACAAUAAUUUAACUUCUUUUAUCAGAACAGAAUAAAAAUAAGAAUGAUAUCCAGAUAUCUCUAAAAAAACAACAAAAAUAUUAAUGUCCAUAUUCCACAAUUUUAAAAACUAUUUAAUUUAUAUGUUGCAAACUCUGGCUACUAUGAUGCUAUAGUUGUCAGCAUUAGUUUAGCAUGAAAACUAGAAAAAUAAACGAGGCUUUCAGAAACCUACAGAGUUGACCAAACUAAAUCCAUGCAAUUCCUGAAAUAAAAUAUCGUAAUUUAAUGUUUAUAACUUACAAAAUGAGCUGUGGAGUUAUUUCUUCUGAAGUGUUUUUACCAAGAGAUAAAGAACAAUUAGCUUGUUUUAUUUGGUAUUUUUCUCCAAUGCUAAACUUUGGAGCUAGUAGAAAAAACCAUAAAUAUCUACUUGAAAUGAUGCAGUUUUAAGAAAAAUACUAAAUAUUUAUAUCUAUCUACAAAACUUAAAAUCAGCCAAAGAAAUGUUUCUUUGUCAGGAUUUAUCCUCUGGACUGGGAGGUUAGCUGCAGUUUCUCGUCUGUCAGCAAUGCUAACUAUUAGACCUGUAUCAAAAAAGAAAAAAAAGACUUAAAAAACAAGUUAGGAAGAGAACAAAGUAUUUAUUUUUAAUGUUUUUUAAAUUGGUGUAAAUUUCAAAACAGACCCACACACAUUUGUUGUUAAUUGUUUUCGCCACAGAAAGGAGAUAGCUACCGUUAGCUUAGCAUAAAGAUCAGAAAAAGAAUGUACAAGAUCAAUAGCUGUUUAGCUGUUAGCUGUUUUCUACCGUCAUUUCUCAUCUUACCAAUACUAAAUUACAUAAUUUAAACACGAUAUAUGGUCAUAAUAAUACAAUAAAAUAUUGAUAUAAAUUUCCCAAUUGCUGCAAAUUUAAAAAUAGCACCACAGGACAGAGAUGAUUAUUGUUAGCUUAUAAUAAUGACCACAGAAGAAGAAUAAAAACUAGCUUGUCUUUGGCUAAAACUUAUAAACUAACCUAUCUGAAUCUCACUAAUUCUUUUUUCAAAUUAUUACACUAGGCAUAUUUAUUGUUUAUCUACAAAUUCAAAAUGAGCUGUGGAGGUGUUGAUGAUUUCUCAAGUCACCAAAAUAAAUAUUGGACAUAUUUUUUUAAAACUCACUAAUAAAGGCCAAAUAAUACAGUCGUACACAUUGUUUUCCAAACUACUAUAACUAAAUUUACCGGUUAUCUUCAAAGUCAAAGUGAGCUCUGAAAAUGCUUUUUGUUGGGUAUAUUUUGCAAAGAGAAAAUUGGCUGCUGCACAUUUUUCACCAAUGUUAAAUAUUGGACCUGAUUAAAAAAGUUAACAUUGUAUUUUAUUUAAUUUGUUCAACCCUCAAAAUAAAUAUUUUACACAUUUGUAUAAAAAAAACUAGCAGUGUUAAAUCCACAGAUGGAGAUAAAUGGUCUACAUAUGUUUUUGUUUUAUUCAAAUCAAGUUUUCUGCUCUCUACUUCUGCGUACAAUCACUGUGUAAAACCUGCAAACAGUUUUACUGCAGUCUCCGUGUUUUCCAAAAGGUUUUUGAGUUAUUAAACCAGGUCACAUUAUUUCCUGCAGUCAAACACUUCCUCUGAUUUCUGAUCCAGUUUUCAGUUUUUAUCUGAUGCUAACAGACUGUAGCUUUACUGAGCCUCAUAGUGACAACUCUUCUAACCCACAGAUUAGUGCUUUUUCCAAAAAUAUCAAUGUAAUUACUCUAAUGUUAGCGCACAAAAUACCACUCAGACAUUGUUAAAUUGGUUUAUUUUCAACUGCACAGGCUACACAGCACACGUCGGGUCAUUGUCACAAACUUUGGGUGUUUUAAACGUUACACUUAGCUUUUACAAUUAUUGAAAUUUAAGUUCUGCAUCUGUGGCACCAAAUGUUGAAUUAGGUUUAGGGUGUGUGUGUUUCAUUGCAUGGGUCCUGUUUAAUGUUUAAUGCUGUGAAGGGGUGGUCACUUUGUGUUGAUAAGAGGUAGAAUAUGCUAAUUGUAACAUUUAAAGCACCUGCACUGUUCAGUGUCCAAGUGGUCGUCCUCAGCAAUACCAAGCAAGUGAAAUGACGUUUUAUUGCUGCUGUUUGUACGACGCCAUAUUCAGGCCAGGAAAUGAAAAAAGGAGAAAAUUUCCAUCAAAGAACUCAGAUAUUUUGAAAUUAAUCCAAGAAAUGUUCAAGAAAUA